AUGCUUGGAAUAGCCUGUGAUCCUUUACAGCAUACGAGCAUGUACGAGAGAGGAUCGGAUGACAGCGAAGAUAGCGAUGGUGAGGGAGGAUUGGGAAAUGUCUCAAGGGUUAUUAUACGGCCACCUGGACAGAGUGGCAAGGCGAAACGUGGACAUUUGUGCUUCGAUGCGGCCUUUGAGACGGGUAAUUUGGGCAAGGCAGAACUGGUGGGGGAAUUUGAAUAUGACUUAUUCCUGCGACCAGACACCUGCAAUCCGCGUUUUCGUUUCUGGUUCAAUUUCACGGUGGAUAAUGUGAAACAGGAUCAGCGGGUCCUCUUUAACAUUGUCAACAUAAGCAAAAGUCGCAAUCUUUUCAAUGCUGGACUGACGCCCUUGGUAAAAUCCUCCAGUCGACCCAAAUGGCAGCGUCUGCCCAAGCGUCAGGUUUUCUUCUAUCGAUCGGCCAUGCAUCAGGGUCACUAUGUGCUGAGCUUUGCCUUUAUCUUUGACAAAGAGGACGAUGUCUAUCAGUUUUGCCUGGCCUGGCCAUACAGUUACUCCAGAUUGCAGUCCUAUCUCAACGUGAUAGAUGCCAGGCAAGGUGCAGAGAAACGAUUCACGCGUUGUGUAUUGGUCAAGACAUUGCAAAAUCGCAAUGUAGAUCUGCUAACCAUCGAUCAUGUGACACAAAAGCAACGUACUACAAAUCGUUUGGAGCGAAGUUUUAUCCGCGUCAUUGUGAUCCUCUGCAGAACGCAUUCAAGUGAGGCUCCUGCCUCACAUGUGUGUCAGGGCCUCAUUGAAUUUCUGGUGGGCAAUCAUCCCAUUGCCCAUGUUCUGCGCGAGAAUUUUGUCUUUAAAAUUGUGCCAAUGGUGAAUCCGGAUGGAGUCUUCCUCGGCAAUAAUCGUUGCAAUCUUAUGGGCCAGGACAUGAAUCGUAAUUGGCAUCUGGGCUCAGAGUUCACUCAACCGGAAUUGCAUGCCGUCAAGAAUAUGCUGAAAGAGUUGGAUAAUUCGGAUACAUAUCAGAUAGACUUUGUGAUCGAUUUGCAUGCCAACAAUAGUAUGCACGGGUGCUUCAUUUACGGCAAUACAUACGAGGAUGUCUAUCGAUAUGAGCGGCAUCUGGUCUUCCCGCGUCUCUUUGCCAACAAUGCUCCGGACUAUGUGGCGGAGCAUACCAUGUUCAAUGCAGAUGAACGUAAAAUUGGCAGCAUUAGAAGAUUCAGUUGUGAACGACUGAGUGAUACAGUGAAUGCCUAUACUCUGGAGGUUUCCAUGGCUGGUCAUUAUUUGCGGGAUGGCAAAACGAUUGCCCUCUAUAACGAAGAUGGCUACUAUCGUGUUGGUCGAAAUCUGGCUCGCACAUUGCUGCAAUAUUAUCGUUUCAUCAAUGUCCUACCCCUGCCCAUUGUGCCCGAGAUGCGUGGCAAUCGACGAGGACGCCCGCGUACUCAUCAUUCCCGUUCCCGGUCCAAGACUCGCUAUGAGGUGAAACCUCGUCCCAAGACUACGCGUUGCCAUGCACCCAUUUCGUAUACAAAUCUUAGCAUAUGCUAUGAUUCUGGUGGUGGUGGCGGCGGUGGCUCCUCUGACGAAGGUGGCUUCUCUCCAUCGCGACCCAUUGCUCCGGGCAGCAGUACGUUCAGUGGUUAUCGUAAUUAUAGGCGUGCAGCCACUGCCACUUGUGGAAAUCCUGCCCAUGAUCAGUAUUCAUUGAGUGCCCUGAAAACAUCCAGUGAAUAUGGUCCGAGUGCUGGUGGAGCAGGUAUUAGGAGCAAGAAGCAAGCAACUGUUACCAUAGAGGUGCCUUUGCCUGUGAAUGUCCCGCCCAAGCCAUAUCUAUCGAUCAUCGAUCUGAAUCAAUUGACCAGAGGCAGCUUAAAACUGAAAGCAAAUAGUUUUGAUGCAGCAGAUAGGCGAUAGAGGAAGAGACUUUUAUCCAAUUAUAGGAUUCCCUGUCCUUGAUUUUUUUAUAAGAAUCUCAUGUGUAUAUAUAAAUAUUUCAGUAAUGUAACUUUUUUAAGCUUCAGAUGCUUCU